GCGAGCUUGGAAAUGAAUAGUCGGGCUCCAGACGGGCAGAAGUAGUCUCUGACACGGCCUACUUCGGAUUUGUGAGGGGUGCACCCCUUCUUUCCCUUUCUGGAGUCUUUGUUCAGACUUCUUUAGUUCUUUUCAGGAUUGCUUCUCAGCUAGCCUCAGCCCAGUAGCUUCCCUGUGAGGAUUGGGUGGUAGGAAGGAGACCAUCGUUCAGAAGCCAAUUAUUAGGUUUCUUUGAACUUUUCUUCAGCAAGACUUUAAAAAUGUCAUCCAAACAAGAAAUAAUGAAUGACCAGCGGUUUAGGAAGGUUUCAAAGGACCCCAGAUUCUGGGAAAUGCCAGAAAAGGAUCGAAAAGUCAAAAUUGACAAGAGAUUUCGAGCCAUGUUUCAUGACAAAAAGUUCAAAUUGAACUAUGCAGUUGAUAAAAGAGGACGCCCUAUCAACCACAGCACUACUGAGGACUUGAAACGUUUCUAUGAGCUUUCAGAUUCUGAUUCUGAUCUCUCUGAUGAAGAUAGCAAACCACUGAAUCAACAGAAAAUAAAAAAGAAAAACCGCCAGACAAAAAAAGAAAUAGAUUCAAAAAAUAUAAUUGAGGAAAAGAAAGAAACCAAGAAAAUUAAUCAGAAGUAUCCCGGAAAUGAUUUAGAUGAUUCCGAAAGAAUUCAGGAAAUGAAAAGUUCUAAGAAGAUAGAUUCAGAAAUAAGUCCAAAGAAGGACAGCAAAGAACUUACACAAGAAGGUACAAAAGGAAAAAAAAGCAUUAUUGAACAUAAUAGAGACUCUUUUCCCAAAAGAAAACUAAAGACAGACCCAAGCACCUCUAAAACUGUGCAACCUCCCAAGAUCAGUUGUUCUAAGACAGAAAGAGAAAAGCAAUCAGUGGUUCCAGUCAUAAUAGGAGAUAGUGAUGCUAACGUGUCUGACAAAGAUGUUCUGGAGGAAGAUUCAGACAAUGCUGAUGAAAGUGAUGAGGAAUCUGAAGUUGAAAUCACAGGUGGUGGUAGAGCUUCAGCUGAUGGUGGAAGUGAAGAUGAAGAUAGUGAGGAUGAUGAUGAAAGUGACAGUGGCCCUGAUCUUGCAAGGGGUAAAGGAAAUAUAGAAACUAGUUCCGAAGAUGAAGAUGAUUUGGCAGAUUUAUUUCCAGAAGAACCUGGUUUUGAGCAUGCUUGGAGAGAAUUAGAUAAAGAUGCGCCCCGGGCUAAUGAGAUUACACAUCGACUAGCAGUUUGCAACAUGGACUGGGAUCGAUUAAAGGCAAAAGAUUUACUGGCUCUGUUCAACUCAUUUAAGCCUAAAGGAGGUGUUAUAUUUUCCGUAAAGAUAUAUCCUUCAGAGUUUGGAAAGGAGAGGAUGAAGGAAGAGCAAGUUCAAGGACCAGUGGAGUUAUUAAGCAUUCCUGAAGAUGCUCCUGAAAAGGACUGGACCUCUAGAGAAAAAUUGAGAGAUUAUCAGUUCAAACGACUGAAGUACUAUUAUGCGGUAGUGGACUGUGAUUCUCCUGAAACAGCAAGUAAAAUUUAUGAGGAUUGUGAUGGCCUCGAAUUUGAAAGUAGUUGUUCUUUCAUAGAUCUAAGGUUUAUACCAGAUGAUAUUACUUUUGAUGAUGAGCCUAAGGAUAUAGCCUCAGAAGUGGAUUUAACAGCGUAUAAACCAAAAUAUUUCACAUCUGCUGCAAUGGGAACAUCAACGGUGGAGAUCACUUGGGAUGAGACUGAUCAUGAAAGAAUCACAACACUCAACAGGAAAUUUAAAAAGGAAGAACUUUUGGACAUGGAUUUUCAAGCCUACUUAGCUUCCUCUAGUGAAGAUGAAGAGUUGAUAGAAGAGGAGCCACAAGAUAAUGAUGAAGUCAGUGGAGAAGAUGAUGGGAAAGCAAAGAAAAGUCAGAAGGAUGAUGAAGAACAAAUUGCUAAAUACAGGCAGCUCUUGCAGGUUAUUCAAGAAAAAGAAAAGAAAGGCAAAGAAAAUGAUAUGGAAAUGGAAAUUAAGUGGGUUCCAGGCCUUAAAGAAAGUGCAGAAGAGAUGGUAAAAAACAAAUUGGAAGGAAAAGAUAAACUGACCCCUUGGGAACAAUUUUUAGAGAAGAAAAAAGAGAAAAAAAGACUAAAAAAGAAACAGAAGGCUCUUGCUGAAGAGGCUAGUGAAGAUGAACUUCCCCCUGAUGUCGAUUUCAAUGACCCAUACUUUGCUGAAGAAGUUAAAAAAAUAGGUUUAAAGAAAAAAUCAAUGAAAUCUGCAAAAAAUGCCACAUCUCCAGAGGAAGAAAUUGAAAUUGAAAGACAAAAGGCUGAAAUGGCUUUGCUUGUGAUGGAUGAGGAGGAAGACAGUAAAAAACACUUCAAUUACAAUAAGAUUGUGGAGCACCAGAAUCUAAGCAAAAAGAAGAAGAAACAGCUUAUGAAAAAGAAAGAAUUAUUAGAAGAUGACUUUGAGGUAAACGUUAGUGAUGCACGAUUUCAGGCAAUGUAUACUUCCCACUUGUUCAAUUUGGAUCCUUCAGAUUCUAAUUUCAAGAAAACAAAAGCUAUGGAAAAAAUCCUUCAGGAGAAAGCCCGGCAAAGAGAACGAAAAGAACAAGAAAUUAUUCAGGCAAUAAAGAAAAAAGAAAGCGAGAUUGAAAAGGUAUCUCAGAAGAAGUCUAUUGAUCCUGCCUUGUCAGUGCUGAUUAAAUCUGUAAAAAACAAAACAGAACAGUUUCAAGCAAGAAAAAAACAAAGAGUCAAAUAA